UGAUGACAAAAUAAUUUAUAGAAGAUUCCAGGGUAAGACCCUCAAAAGUCUUACCGAUGAAAUGAUGGAAAUCGGCGUUGGCAGCGAAGAGGAACGCCUGAUGUUCAAGAGGAUAUUCAUCCUCUACAUACAGAUGGCGUUCCUUUUGCCAACGACGAUAAACAAAAUAUCACCCGUGCACCUGGCCACAAUUUUUAAUAUGGACGGCAUAUCGGAGAGAAACUGGGGGGGGCAUGUUUUGACCUUCUUGAUCAAAGGCAUCACAGACUACCAGGAGAAGAAGAAGAAGGCAAUUGAUGGCUGCCUCUUUGUUCUCAUGAUAAUAUACUUUCAUCUUUCUGAAAACAAAGGCAAGAAGAGGGCUGAAAGACCACCAAAGCCUUGGAUUGCCAACUGGACUAAGGAGCAGUUGGUGGAAAGAAUGACUGCAGAAAGAGAAGAAAUUUUGGGGAUUGUGAAGAUGGCGGAGACAAGAGCAAGAGAAAAAAUGAAAAAAAAAGAAAAAAAAGAAAAAAAAACAAGAAAUAAAAAAAACAAAAAAAAGGAAGGCGAGUCCAACAUCGUCUUCGGAGACAGAAACAGCUACUGACAGUGACACUUCUACCUCUGAGUCUGAGACUCAACAAGACUCAGAGGAUUCAGCAAGAAAACACCCCAUCAAAAAG